AUGCGAAUCCUGCCGCUUCUGCUGCUCUGGGGGUUCCCACAGGUUUGGGGAAGUUCUGAGGGUGAGUGGAACGAGGGUGCCAAGGCCACUCACUACGCUGUUGCGGUAAAUCAUCAUUCGGUCCCGCGCGAGAAUGUCACUCUCCGUGUACUCCAGGUCUCGUCCUUCAUCAAUAGUAGCUGGAUGCGUACGGACUGCUCAGUCUGGCUAGGGGAACUGCAGACCCACAGCUGGGACAAUGAUUCGGACUCCGUUCACUUCCUGUUGCCCUGGUCCUACGGUAACUUCAGCGCGCAGCAGUGGGAGAAGCUGCUGCAUGUGUUUCAGGUUUAUCGGAUCAGUUUCAAAAGCGACAUAGAGGAAUUAAGAAAAAUGCUGCAAAAACCCUAUCCCAUGGAGUUCCAGGUGUCUGCUGGCUGUGAAGUAUACCCCUGGAGUGGCCUAGAAACCUUCUUCCAAGUAGCAUACCAAGGAUUAGAAAUCCUGAAUUUCAAAGGAAAUUCUUGGCAUCCAGCUCCAGAAGCCCCAUCUUGGGUUCAGAAGAUCAGCAAAGUGCUUAACCAGGACCAAGGGACCAAGGAUACGAUACAACAGCUUCUCACUGACACUUGCCCCCAAUUUGUCAAUGACCUCUUAGAGGCAGGAAAAUCAGAUCUGGAGAAGCAAGAGAAGCCUGAAGCCUGGUUGUCCAGUGGCCCCACUCCUGGUCCUGGCCGUCUGCUGCUGGUGUGUCAUGUCUCGGGAUUCUACCCAAAGCCCGUGUGGGUGAUGUGGAUGCGGGGGGAGCAGGAGGAGCCCAGCACACUGCAAGGGGAUGUUCUGCCCAAUGCUGAUAAGACCUGGUAUCUCCGAGUAACCGUGGAUGUGGUGACUGGGGAGGCUGCUGACCUGUCCUGCCGAGUGAAGCACAGCAGUCUAGGUGGCCAGGACAUUGUCCUCCACUGGGAUGGGAGCCAUGUCUCUGUGGGCUGGAUUCUCUUUGCAGUACUGGCGUCCCUCCUUCUGCUCAUUAUAGGCUUCAUCUUGUGGUAUAGGAAGCAUCGCAACUAUGAAGACAUCCUGUAA